UGAUGCGUCUGAUACUAAUCUUAGUUAUUCCUGCAAACAAGUAGUUAUCUGCACGAUAAGAAAUCUUCGCUUGAUAAUAGAAAGCCGAAGGAAAAUAGAAGCAUCGAUACUUUUGUUUGUCGUAACGAUGAACCUAAAAUUUUUAUUGAAUAAAAAAAACUUCCUACAACCGACGCACUUAAGAAAUGCUUGAAUUUAUGUAACAAACGUCUCGUUACGUCAUUCUUCGAAGAUACAGAAAACAUUUUACAGUUAAAGUGUCACGAAUAAUCAGCACACAAAAAAACAUAAAAAUUAAAUCCAAAUCCUCCAAUGAAAUGCCAGAACGUUAUCGGCGGACAAAACUAAUCGCUAUGUAAUUAAUGCCCAUAUUUAAAUCAGAAAUUAACACGUGACACUGUAAGGCCAUUUAGACAGUCAGAACAAUAAACUUCGUACAAUCUACAACAAGUGCAAUAUCCAAUGACAAUUUGAAACAUAUACGUAAAAGAAAAUCCAACCUACAAAGUUCAUUGAUCAAAAUGAUUCGUAGCAUAACCUCAAAGCUGAAACCCGCGGGACUUACGACUCGCGCAAUACGCAAGUCAACAAUAAUGCUUUCCGUCCACAGUAGUUCAGGUCCUAUAAUUGAACCAAUACUUCCACAACCGCAACCUGUAUCUGUACCCCCAACUGAAAUUCCAGCACCUACCAAGGGAAAUAAUAAAGACGCAAAAUCUGAGGCCGAGGAUGAUGUAUUGUUCGAAGAUGUAGCUGACAAAGGAGUAUUUGUCCUCAACCGGCCAAAAGCAUUGAACGCGCUAAAUCUGUCCAUGGUUCGCAAAAUAUAUCGGGUUCUAAAAGAAUGGGAAACAUCGAAAAAAUUGGUAGUCGUAAAAGGAGCUAGUGGAAAGGCUUUUUGCGCUGGAGGGGACGUUAAGUCCCUUGUAUUAGCUUUGAACGAACCCGGUGGGGAAGCAAUAGGUCAAGAAUUCUUCAGAGCUGAAUAUACUAUGGAUCAUCUAAUUGGAACAUACAAGAUUCCUUAUGUAGCAUUGAUUCAUGGAAUAACAAUGGGUGGUGGCGUGGGGAUAUCUAUACAUGGGAAGUACAGAGUGGCAACGGAAAAUACACUUUUCGCCAUGCCGGAAACAGCGAUUGGUCUGGUACCGGAUGUUGGUGCCAGUUACUUCCUACCAAGACUGAAAGGAAAGUUGGGUCUGUUCCUAGGACUCACUGGACAGAGAAUAAAAGGUGUCGACGUUCUUCUUGCGGGUAUUGCCACGCAUUAUGUCCCUUCUGAAAGAAUCGAAGAUUUAACCAAAGCUUUAUUAACAACUGGAAAUAUCGACAUUGACAGUACCAUAAAAAAGUUUCAACCCGAAAAUCUUAAUCAAGAAUUCAGUCUGGCACCGUAUCUCAGUAAAAUUGAUAAUUACUUUUCUGCUCCAACAGUCGAAGAAAUAGUCAAUAGACUGGAAGCAGACGGUUCUGAUUGGGCGAAGGAUGUGUUACAAUUAUUAAAUAACAUGUCACCGACUGCAUUGAAAAUGGCCAAAAUCAGCUAUGAUAAAGGUAGUCAGUUAAGCUUAGCAGAAUGUCUAAAAAUGGAAUACAGACUAAUGUGCUCAACAUUGACAAAAACUAGUGACUUUUAUGAAGGUGUGAGAGCCCUUUUGAUUGACAAAGAUAAAAAUCCAAAAUGGAAUCCAAAAACCUUACAGGAAGUUACUGAUGAAAGUAUAAAACAAAGAUUAGAAUUGCUACCAACAAGUAAGGAAUUGCAGUUGUGAGCGAAACCUAAAACUGCAGUUGUGUAAAUAUUGAAUAUUCUUUUGUAACAUCAAAUCAUCCUCAAAAUAAGUAUGGACGUGAAGCUUCAUUAAACAUUGAACAGUUUGAUUUAGUUAUUCCCAUACAGACGAUUCACAUCUGUAAUUAUUGUAACAGAUGUGAUAUAGCAGAAUAAUAAUUAGACGAGUUACAAAUGCA